GGGGAUUUGCAUAUAUCCCAUGAUGCACUUUACUUUCGAUCGCGUUCGAUUUUCCGCGCGAACGCCGGCAAACCCGGAACUGCAAAGCCCAAGAUGUAGGGCAUGGGCAUCUUCAAGAUGUUGGCCAUGUUGGACAGCAGCCAAGAGAAUUAGGUGGGUAAUUUUCGUCAUUUUUUAGAGUUCGGGAAUUGUAGUUUUCCAUGAAAAGUGUUGAUGUGUGUGAUACCCGAGGAACAUGUUUAAUUUUGAGGUAAAUGCCGAUAGACUUCUCAUGCGUAAAUCCCGUUGUCGCAUGUUGGAGAUUUGCAUAUAGUGCUAUCAAAUCUUCCGCAUUGGUUAAUCAAAUAGUGGUGCUUUUUUAAAAAAAGUGUAGUUUACGUAUGGUAGAUUGAUUGUGUGUCUAAAAAAACGAAAAGCACCAAAAAGCACUCAUAGGAAGAUCACGAAAACAGCCGCGCAGGAUCGCAUGGUUGGUCGUGUUUACAUACGCCUGACAGUCGCGCGGAGGCCCUUUAAACUCAUUAACAUAUGCAAAUAAGCCGGUAAAGAAAAGAUGGCGGACACGUAAACAAACACGAACGCGCCGUAGUUUUACCUUCCUAAAGCAAUUUAGAAAGUUUGGAAAGAUUGUUACAGUAUGGGGACUUAGCAGACAUUCAGGGAAAACCUAUUCAAACGGAAAAUGUUGUUGGUUGGACUGGAAACUCGCUUAAAAUGCGGAGUCAUGAUGUCUACUCCAUCAACGCCCCAAAAGAGGCCACAUGUUGGCGGGAGUGGUCACACCCCGUCUGGGAAGAGGAGGCAGCACAAACAUGGAAAGAAAGAUGGAGGAGCUCGCCGACCUCUCUCUUUCCUAAGUCCUAAGAUAACACGAUCUUUGGGGCACAUGCUCACCCCAAAGAUUCAACUGGCCAAGUCCCCUCGGCCUGUGAAACACCAUCAGUGGACUGAUAAGGAGGACAAGGCAUUGAUCCAGUUUUUGGAUCUAAGCCACCUUGAUCAGGAUGAAAAUGUCACUGACACAGCAUCCUGGCCAAUGAGGCACGCUAACAGUCCCUUUUGGACAGAGGCUGCAACAUCAAUCAAGACGGCAACCAGGAGCAGUGAACUUCUUUCAGCAAACACAGUGAGGAACAGGUGCAGGAAGUGGAGGACGAAAUUCGACGAAUCCCUUGAAGCUGCUGUGAAGUCUUUUGGUCUUGAGACGAAUUCAAUCAGCCGUGCAAAGAAAACCAAAGAAACAGUCAGCAGGGGAUGCCAGACAAAGAAGUUGACUGUGGACCAGCAAACACAAACUGAACAUAGCUGCCAGGAUGAUGUCACAACAGUACUGUCUUCUUGCAAGGCCCUGACCCAAUCAGAAUUUGAUUCUUUCAUGCUUAUGCUGCUUCCUCAAAUCGUUCAAUCAUCUUCAGUUCUAUCCUUUGGUGAUAAACUGUUCUCAGUUGUAGCUACAGCAAAGAAUAUUUCCACAUACCCAACCGACUUCUUUUCAAAGUCCAUCAAUGCCAUGUCCACCCUACAAGAACACAACAAGCCCAACAUCCUGUACAAGUUUGCCCACAUCUUGAGCACCAACAGGCCUGGCACCUCCACCCCUCUGCUCCAAAUUGACAGGAUGCCAUUUGGAUUACUACAAUACCAGAUGGAGUUCUUCAGUGCCACCAAUGUACAUCAGGUCAGCAUUUCUCCAGACUAUGCCAGCUGGUUGGAGAGCAUGUGUGCUGAGUUUCCAACCAGGUUCUUGAGGCUGUUUCGGGGGCCAGGGUGGAGUGGCCUGGAAAGCACUGACUUGGACCCAUUGAAGGCACAUAUUAAUGUCGCCGCCCCCUCCCUGGACACCAUGUACAGACUGGCACAGAAUGAGAAGUUUGAUGGCAACUCCAGUAUCCAUAUCGCUGCACUGGAAUCCUUUGCCAAGAUGAAGCCAGGAGCACGUGUCUGGUUUAAGGCUGAUGCUUGUGAUUUGAAGGUUGCUCUGCAGACAUCUACAAAGGGCAAAUGGGCUGGAGACGUUGAUCUUGGGGAUGGAAGCCUGGAGAAGCUAAGGGCUGACAACGACAGACGCAUGGUCCUUGUCAGGGAAGCUGGGAAGUCCUGCGUGCCACGCAAUCUAGAGGCCUGUCUCCUCAGUCUCCUUCAGGAUCUUGGAGAAGACAUUGAUCUGCUGAAAGGUGGCCUUGAGGCAGCAAACAAGAGGUAUAAGAAGAAAUUCGAGCAGGCUAACUCAUCUACAGAUGUGCUGAAAAACCUGGCAUGGGACAGGGUAGAGUACAAUACCCUUCUGGAGCAGGCCAAAGCCUUCUAUGAAAGGUAUGAAAGGCUGCUGGCAGCUCUUGGAACUGCUUCCCCUCAACCUGGCCGUGUGGCCCAAUGUCUGGUGGAACUGAGAGAAGACAACAAAACCUACUUGCACAAUCUCUUCAAGAAGAAGAGAGUGGCUGCUGAUCAUGCAUUGGUCGUUAUGGUGUCUGACGAAAGACGAAAUCAGAAGCCCUAUGCUGUGCCAAUCCUGCUCAUUCCAUAUCACAGUAUCCGGGAUCAGUUCCUCCAGCAGUUCCUGGACAAGUGCCAUGAGGAGGCCAAGAAGCUGGGACUGAUACCUGUUGGUGAUGUUACGGAUGGAGAGUUCAACUCCCUAAGGACGCUUGGGAACAAGCGCCCUAUUCAUCUCUAUGAAAUCAUUCGUGGGGUGAAAGACAGUGUCAGGAGGAUGGCUUCUGACACUGUGCUGAAGUCACUCCGGAAAGUUGGAGAGGAUGACAAUGGCAUGCCAUUGACAGAGAUGAGGGAGAAGGCUAUCCCACCAGAAGUGAUUGAAGAAUACCACAAACUCACAACAGUGGAGCAGAUGAGAGAGGAGGAUGCUGUAGUAAGACUGCGUGGACAACUCGUGCCCCCAGAUUGUGGCCCCUCAACCUUCCGUGCCAACUCGCCUGAGUGCAUGGCUGACAUGCUGCGAUCAAUAAUGGCCACAUACAGAUACCGUCUCAGAAUAGAGGAACUUCGAACUGAGGGGGUUGAUUUCACACACCACAUGUAUGUCCCAGAGAAAGACGGCCUCAACUACCUUCACAGAAGAGAAGAUCAUUGCCAUCUCCUCAAGAGAAUUGCUGGUCACCUCAGAAAAGAGCCUCCCCGGUGGUUUAACCACCAUGCUCUCGAAGAAGCGCUCCAUCCGCAAGAUGGUGAGCCCAAGCCAGGGCUAACAGAGGCAGCCCUGUUUGGUUUCCGAAAGCAGUCUGUCACCGAUGCAGAGAUCUUGCUGUCCUACAACAUGGUCAGGUUUCUCCGACACAGAGGGUAUCACCGGGAAGCAUGCUAUAUCGAAGUUGUUGCUGGAUGGCAUGAAGCAGCUGAUGGCCGAGGGCUUUCAGAGGAAGAAAGGAAGGAGAAGAACACAGCCAUGAUGGACAUGAUCCUUGAUGAGCUGAUGCCAUAUCACCGUUCCCCCCCAUGGCGCCGUUACCCUCCAGACUUCUCAACUCUUGACAUCAACAGGUUCGGUCGAGGAGUACUUGGGUGGAGCCGAGAAACCCUCAUCGCGGUCACAACAAAUAUCGAGUCAAUGGAGCUGCGGAGAAGUGAGAGUGCGACAAUUGGCUAUGAAGAGCAUCCAAGAGCGAGCACGACAGACGAUGUAGAGUGUUUCUUUGCUGGACUUCACCGACACAUGGGAAACACCUUUACCCUCAAGGAGUUGCAUGCUCGAUGGCCUACAGAAGUCAGGGAAUUCUCAAAGAGAAUUGACCCAGACCUGCCUUUCUACUACUGGACAAUCAGUGAGAGGUUCAGGGAAGCAGAAGACACUUACCCAUCCUUCAAUGAUGACCCUGAGGAUGGUCGUCUGCGCCUCCACCGACUGCGCACUUGUAGAAGGGAAGACGCUUCGAUUUUCACAACUGCAAGGGGUGUCCUGCCGGUCAGGAACAGGGGGACCAUCAGGCAGAUAAUGCACAGACCAGAAGUGCCACUGCCUGAGGUCCCAAGUAGCUUGCCACCUGUUUAGAAGAUUACUUUUAAACUGUUAUAUCCACAUCCAGGGUUGGACAAGUCCAAAAGUUUUAUUGUCCUAGCCAAGUGAAAGUGCUGAUUGGGCAAGCUCAUGUCCUACCCCACUUGCCCGAUUUUUUGAUGAGUGAGAUUUUGAUAUAAAUGUACUUUUUAGUCAUGGUACCAAGCAUUGUUUGUUUUUUUACAGAAGAAAGUGCCUAUAGCCACUUGUUUCCACCUGUCACCACUGUUGUAUAUAUCUAAGUCUUUUAUUUUAUGUAUGCUUACUUUUUAUUCUGUAUAUGUAUACUUGUAAAAGAUGCUAUUUUGUUGUAAGUGAGGAAAGAAGAGAACUCGGGUAUAGACAUUGUUGCAAGUGUUAUACAGGUAUUGACCUUAUAUGACAAUCAGUUUUUGAUCUUGAGACCACAGGUAUAUAUAGACAUUGUCGCAAGUGUUAUACGGGUUUUUGCCUAGUUAUAUGCUUUGAAGUAUCCUUCUGUCAAACUAGUUAUUGUAUAUAUGAGGCAAGCACUGCGGAUCUUGUUUUCUUCAGAACCUUUAAUUUAAUUGCUAAAUGUAUACUUAAAAGAUGCUAUUUUGUUGCAAGUCAAGAAAGAAGAGAACUCAGGUAUAUACAUUGUUGCAAGUGUUAUACUAGUUAUUGUAACUAGUUAUUGUAACUGUCAAACUAGUUAUUGAACAUAUGAGGCAUGCUCUUCAGAUUUUGUUUUCUUCAGAACCUUAAGUUUAAUUACUCAAUGAUACUCAUAAAAGAUGUUAUUUUGUUGCAAGUCAGGAAAGAGGAGAACACAUGUAUAGACAUAGUCAUAAGUGUUAUACAGGUUCUGACCUUAUAAGAUAUCAGUUUUUGCCUUGUGUCAAACUAGUUUUUUGUACAUAUGAGGCAUGAUCUUCAGAUCCUGUGUUCUUCAGAAACUUUGGUUUUAUUACUCAAUGUAUACUCAUAAAAGAUGCUAUUUUGUUGCAAGUC